AUGACCAAGUUCCUUAACUUCGCGCUGUCCCGUGCCGGUGUAUAUAUUCUCAUCCUGACACUAGUUCAACUCGUCGGAGUUACACAUGCUGACCUUGAACGGGUUUGCGACUACCGAAGCCGAGCCCAUCAUGAAGGUUUUUGUGGCGCUAAUUUAGACAACAUGCUACAUUUAGUUUGUUCAGGUUUGAAUGUCAAUGUCCCCUCCAAAUUCAUUGCCAAAAGACAGACAGAUAAUUUUCAGAACAUCAACCUGAGAAGUAUUAUGCUGAACAAAAAAGAUGCCCUGUCCUACCUAGCCAAAAGAGAGAACCCUGGAAAUAUAGUAUGUGAAUGUUGCUACAAUCCAUGUACCAUCUACGAGCUCUCUCAGUACUGUGACUUGCCAAGCCACGUGACAAACAGAUUUCGGAUCAGUCAAGCAACAGCGCUCGCAAAUUAA